AUGCGUGCUUCGACGAUCGUCAUCUUGGGCGCAGCCGCCGUGCCUGCCCUUUCCGCCCCUGUCAUAGACCUCUACGGCCGAAACUACGACAUCUUUUAUGCCCGUGAUCUUGCGGCAAGGGCGCAGCCUAAGGGUCCUUCUACUUUGGACACAGUUUGCCAUACACUAGUUUGCAUGACGGAGGGCGUUGUUGGACCCAUAGUAGGUCAUGCAAAUAAGUGGCAAGUGGAGACGGAAAAGAAAAAGGCGGCUGAUGCGGACAAGGAGAAUAAAAGAAUCUUAGCAGGGAUAGACCAGCCAAAGCGUGAGAUUGAGAACGCUCUGUACGCCCGUCACUGGUUCCACCACGACAAGGAGACCCCUGCUUCGGCUCCUUCCUCGGACCCGAGCCAGAUGCAGUCCCCCGUCCAACGUCGCUGGUGGUUCCACCACAACAAGCCCUCUGCUUCGGCUCCGCCUCCUGCCUCGGACCCGAGCCAGAUGCAGUCCCCCGUUCAACGUCGCGCCGAGAUGCUUGGGCAGCUCAUUGCUCGUCAGUUGCUCGAAGACGCAUACUUGGAUUGA